AUGGCUGCUUCUAAAACCACGGCUGCCCCGAAAACUAAGACUGUGGCAUCUUCCACGGCUACUGCUGCUGCCACAGCUAUGGCUAGUGCUGCUCCCAUGACUACACUUACCCCCACAUAUAUUGCUGCUCUAGCUAUGCCUAGUGCUGCUCCCACCACUACACUUACCCCAACUACUAUUGCUGCUCCAGGUAUGACUAGUGCUGCUGCCAUGACUACACUUAGUCCAACAACUAUUGCUGGUCCCAUGACUACACUUCCCCCAACAUCUAUUGAUGCUCCAGCUAUGACUACUGCUGCUCCCAUGACGACACUUCCCCCAACAACUAUGGCUGGCCCCGCUAUGGCUAGUGCUUCUCCCAUGACUACCCUUACCCCAACAACUGUGGCUGCCCCAGCUAUGACUAGUACUGCUCCCAUGACUACACUUACCCCCACAACUAUGGCUGCGCCCGCUAUGACUAGUGCUGGUCCCACGACUACACUUACCCCCACAACUAUGGCUGCGCCCGCUAUGACUAGUGCUGCUCCCCUGACUACACCUACCCCAACAACUAUGGCUGCCCCAGCUAUGACUAGUGCUGCACCCAUGACUACACUUUCCCCAACAACUGUGGCUGCUCCAGCUAUUGCUAGUGCUGCUCCCAUGACGACACUUCCCCCAACAACUAUUGCUGCUCCAGCUAAGACUAGAGCUGCUUCCAUGACUACACUUAGUCCAACAACUAUUGCUGCUCCAGGUAUGACUAGUGCUGCUGCCAUGACUACACUUAACCCAACAACUAUGGCUGCCCCAGCUAUGGCUAGUUCUGCUCCCAUUACUACACUUACCCCAACUACUAUUGCUGCUCCAGCUAUGACUAUUGCUGGUCCCAUGACUACUCUUACCCCAACAACUAGGGCUGCUCCAGCUAUUACUAGUGCUGCUCCCACCACUACACUUACCCCAAAAACUAUGGCUGCUCCAGCCAUAACAAGGGCUGCUCCCCUGACUACACCUACCCCAACAACUAUUGCUGGUCCCAUGACUACACUUUCCCCAACAACUGUGGCUGCUCCAGCUAUUGCUAGUGCUGCUCCCCUGACUACACCUACCCCAACAACUAUGGCGGCUCCAGCUAUGACUAGGGCUGCUCCCAUGACUACACUUACCCCAACAACUAUGGCUGCUCCAUCUACGACCACUUGUGGUAGGAGCACUUAUUUAACACUAUACAACUUUUUUCAGCUUCAUGGAGUGGGUAGCUAUAUAUAG